AGUCACCGCGGAGCGCUAGCGAUAUACAGGUGUACCGCUCCGCGAUAUGAUAAAUAUUCACGUAAAUGAAAACCGGUUUUUUCAGCAAGUUUAACUGAUAACUGCAAGUUUAUUUGAUAACUGCAAGGAAGAAUUGUGAUUUGUAUAAGUGGUUCCUGGGUUUGUUGUUGCGAGUGUUUUAAGUGGUGUUUCGAAACAGUGACAACAAGUUUUCUUGUGUUGUGUGUACGGUCCUUGAAUAGGAGGCUUCGUCGGUGCCGUUUCUUUUACGUUUUGGAGACGAUUAGUGCCGAAGAUCUCGCUGUCUCCAAGAAAGGUGGAUAAUCGUUCGAACUGAAGGUGCCGACGGCCAUGAUGGCGCCAAGCGUGACGCAGCGCACCAAGUCGCCACGCUCGCCCGGUAACCUGCCCAGGAAACUACAGAACGGGUCGGAAGCGGGCCAGUCGGAGCCGACGGCGGACUCCAGUCCAGGCAAUUCCAUCUCUGACGUGGAAAACUUCGAGUGCUACGGCGAGGCCGACGCCGAUGUUCCCGCCAACGCAGUAGAAAACGGCAACCGGAGCCCCGGCAACCUGAACCGGCACUCUUGGACGCGGACGAGCCUCCGGCGGACGCAGCCGAGCCACCAGGAGAACUUGCCGCACCGGCGAUGGGGCUCCAUGAGACACUCUGGGAAGCGGCAAAUCGGAUCCAAUGUCUUAGCUAGCCAAUUAUAUCGUUCGUCGUCAUUCAACUCUUCGGGCUGCGGCUCAGGAGGAGAGCCGGCGGAUGAUAUGUACUCGGAUGUAUCGCUGGAAGAAGAUGUCCAAGGUCUUAAUUAUAAGGUGCAACUGCUACAGCAACAGGUGACGUCAUUGGCAGAUACGCAGAGCACGGCGGACGAGCGCUACGCGCGGGCGAAGGCCGACAACGCGGUGCUACAGGCGCGCGUACACAUGCUCGACGAACAGAUACGAGAGAUCGAAAGCCGAUGCGAAGAGCGCAUAGCGGAGGAACAGAAACGAUGUCGGGAAGCGAUAUCACGUGUCGAGCGAGACAGGGACGCGCAGCUCGCUGCGUUCAGCGACAGGCUAGCUGCGGCUGAGACAGAAGCCUCCGAUCUCAAGCAAGAGGUUGGAAGACUCCGAGGCGUAGCAGAAACGUUGCGCGCAAACGCCGACGCGGCCCAACGCGCACACCGCGAGGCCCAAGAACAAGUUGGCGAACUAGUCGCCCAACUGAACGUAGCGAGAGAGAACGAGCGCAAGGAGAGGGAGUCCGCCGCCGCCGCGAAUAAUUUGUUGGCGUCGGCGAAGCUGGAGUUGCAAAAGAUGAAGGAAACGCCGCCGCCGCCGCCGGACCCGAGACUAGAUGAGCUCAGGCAGGAACUGACGCUGCUAAGGACGCAGAAUAAAACUUUAUCAGAAGCGCAAGAGGAGCUGCAGGCGCAGAUCCUGACGCGCGGCGUGGAAGAGGGCCGCAGCCUGCUGGACGGGGUCAGCGGCCCCCUCGUCGCCAACUCACUAGCUCACGAGCUCUCCCAGAUGAGCGACGACCAGCUCGAUGGUAGCGAUACACAAACUGAUCACAGCAUAGAGUUGGAAAAGUUACAGAAAGCAUUGAAGGAACAGCAGGACGUCAACUAUCAGCUAAGGAAUUACAUCGACGGUAUCCUGCUGUCGAUCGUCGAAAACUACCCUCAACUACUCGAAGUCAAGCACGCGAAACCCAUAGACAUGAAGUCAUAACGGCAAAACUCCGAACAAAGUUAAAACCUGACCAGGAAUAUAUGAUCACGCGCCAUGUUGUGGAAUUUCCCUGGAACUAAUUUUUUCAUACUAUACUGAACUGUUACCCUAUACAUGAGAAUAACAGUGCCCUCUUGACAAUGAUCAUAUAUUGCUGGUCAGGUUUUAUAUUAAAUUGGUUAAUUUUUUUAAAUUUAGACAAUUUCGACUAACAAAAUAAUCUUAUUUGAAUUUGAUAUUAAUUAUUGAAAUCCCUACUGUGAUAAACGAAAAUUAUUUUGUCCACUUCUCCGUAAAGUUCAAUGAAAUUAUUAAAUAUAAAGUACUUAGGUAUUGUUUUUGACUUGAACUAUGAAUCCUGAAUGAGCUCUUCCAAUUAUAUCUUAUUUGGUCAUGCCAUGAACGCAAGUAGAAAUUAUAGCGUAAAAAUUGUAAAUAUUGUAUAGAAAUUACUUUAAGAUAAGCAUAUAAAGUAUAGAUAUAUUGUUCCUUAGUCUCAUCAAAAUAUAAUUGUUUGUAAUUAUUAAUUAACAUGCAGAUCUGUGUUAAAUACCUUAUUGUAAAUGAUAUUUGAGCAAGGCCAGGCCGUCCAUAAAGAUUUUAUAGAUUCAUAUAUAAGUAGUUACGAUUAAAAGCAAUUUUAUGAAAGACUGCAGGAAUGUGUGAGUAGAAGUGCGAUACGACUGGUUUCGUCGUCUGUAAUUUUAAGAGAUUGCUAUAUAUAACACGGACUAUAACACUAAUAGAUGUGCAAUUUAAAAAAUAAGUACCUACCUAAAUGAACUUACAACCCCAGAGAGUUAUUUCAAUAAAUGGCGUUCGACAUGGAUAUGGUUAAGCAACAUGGUUAAAUAUCAAAACCAAAGUUAAUUGUAUUAUUGCCAGUAAAUCUACUGUUAUAGGCUUGAAAUGUUGAAAUGCUGUUAGACGUUGCACAUCUAUUAGUACAAUUUAAGACCUAUGAUAUUUAAUACCUACUUAAAAGAAUGUACCUAUAUUUUUACAAUGAUAUAUUUAAAUUUUAUGUAAAUUAAGUAGUAGUCAUUUAAGCAUUUGUGUACAUUUUGAUAACAUGGUUAAUGUAAAUCUAACAGAUGUUCAUGUAACAGUCAUCGACUUAAAUUAAAUGAAAGGUA